AUGAUCACAUAAAAAAUAAAUAAAAAUUAUCUUUAGUUUCAUUGUAAUAUAUUAAUAAAUUAUUUUACAAAUAAUAAGGAUGAAUUCAAAAUACUUAAUAACAAGUCUAUAAAGGAGCAUCUGUUAUUUAUUUUAUUGUCUACUAUAAUUGAUUAUAUCUACAAUGCUCCUGGCGUAUGUAAGAACAGAAAUCAAUUUAAUACAUAUUAGGUCUUUCUUGAUGAUUAAAAGUAAGAGCUUAUUUGAUAUAUCAAGAGUCUCGAGAAACCAUUUGUUUUAAUUUUAGAAGGAUUAUUGACUUUGACAAUUUGCACUGAUAUUGUUUUGAAAGUUAUCACAGAAGGACUAGUAUUAUAAUUUAUUAUUUUAUAUUUUAACACUAAUCAAAGGUAUUCUUCACAGCAGCUUGGAAUAUUUUAGAUUUAAGUGCAUUUUUAUCAAUCAUAGCUUGUAUAAGAAUGCAAUAAGAAGUAUAUUAUGAUGAACUUUUUGGGAUUUCACUUAUUUCAAUGCGUUAUUUGUCACUUACUGUUCGUUUAGUUGUUUUGUUAAAAUAGUAUUCUAUAUAAUUAAAUAAAUAAGAUCUUAUGCAAUUUAAAUGAUGCAAUAACAAAGAGACAUAUUGAUUUAUAAAAAAUCUAGAAACCAAGAUCUAAGUAUCUUAGACAUAAGUUCUGAAAUUUUGAAUGAUUCAUAGUUCGUGGAAACAAUGAAACUUGUUAGUGAUUGA